GUGAUGGAAAGCUGCUUUCCAUCGUGACGGAAAGAAAGAACAACAUCAGUUUCAAUGACGGAGAUGUGCUGUUGACCCACACAUCAGGUUAACUCCUCCUGUAUCGAAUACCCAUUCGAAACUUUUGGCCAUGAGAUUCUCUCGAGGAACCUAUGCUUUUAUCGCUACACUGGGUGGGAGUUCCAUGAUGCGAUUGCCAUCCAUUCGAGCACUGCAUCCAACCGUGGUCCCAACCAUGAUGAUGAGACACUCAACACGGGUCUUUCUGUCGUCUUCGUCUUCAUCUUUUCAAGCCCCUGAACCACCAACAUCCAAGGCACAGUCGAUUUUCCCCGACGUGGAUUUGACUGCCAGCAUUACUGAGAGUGCUCGACAACGCAACUCGGAUCCCAAUGCUGUCUUUCUCGUGAACGGUUCCUCACGGGGAAUUGGGUUGCAAAUGGUCAAGUCGCUUGUGGAACGAACACAAGGGACCAUCGUGGCUUGCUGCAGAACUCCAGACGACCCAACAUCGCCAUUGCAACAGUAUCUGCAGUCGCUGUCGCCAACUCUGCAGGAACGCAUUCACACCGUACCACUGGAUUUACAGAAUCAAACGUCGAUUGAUGCCUUGGGGGACUAUUUGAAAACAACCACAACAAUGCACUCCAACAACCGAUUGGAUGGACUUUUCAAUGUCGCUGGUGUUUUAGGCGAUGGAUCCACCACGCCGGGCCCCGAACGAUCCUUGGCCCGACUGGAACGACAGUGGCUGGAACACACCCUGCAAGUCAACUUGGUAGGCCACGUCAUGCUUAUUCAAGCCUUGCAAAGACUGCUCAAAUCCAACAUUCAAAAAGAGGACAGACCCACUUCGGUGAUUGUCAAUCUCAGUGCCCGAGUGGGUUCCAUUGCGGACAAUGAAUUGGGUGGGUGGUAUUCCUAUCGCAUGUCCAAGGCCGCUCUCAAUCAGGCGACACGGACCAUGGCACAUGAACUCAAACGACAAGGGACCUGCGCCAUUGCGGUCCAUCCAGGCACAACCGAUACCGAUCUCAGCAAACCCUUUCAGAAAAAUGUCCGAGCGGAAAAGCUAUUUCCCGUAGACUUUACAGUCGACCAGAUUUUGGACGUGGUGGACCGAAUAGAUGACACUCAUACGGGAGGUCUCUACGAUUGGGCCGGCAAGGCCAUUCCCUUCUAGCAACUAGUAGUAGAAUUGGUCCAUGUACAUGUUGCAUUGAUAUGUAGUAUGCACACGCCUCAAAGUAAUUGGACAGUGGAUCGAGAAGAUUGAAUUGCUCAGUGGUUGGGUUAAUUAUUGUGGGGGAGAUUCAUUCAGACGAGACACCUCGAGCGAGAGAAAGUUGAUCCCAUGGAAAUGUUAGAACCAUGUGAAGCAAGUCCCCGUCUAACUACAUGUUACCGAUAGCUAGCUAGGAAGCCAUGACUUGUUACCUGUUACACUUACUUAGUAAGAUUAUAAUUUAUUCGACAUUUG